AUGCCUGAAGACUGGAUGCCCAUCGUUCUUUCCGCUUGGAUUAAGUUAUAUACAAAACAUGGUACUCUGAAAUACCAGACAGAUUGUGCUCCAAACAAUGGGUAUUUCAUGAUUCCCCUCUACGAUAAGGGGGAUUUCAUUCUUAAAAUUGAGCCUCCCCUAGGGUGGAGUUUCGAACCAACCAGUGUAGACAUCCAUGUGGAUGGCAUUAACGACAUUUGCACAAAGGGAGGUGAUAUUAACUUUGUGUUCACAGGGUUUUCUGUGAAUGGAAAGGUUCUCAGCAAAGGUCAGACAUUAGGUCCUGCUGGAGUCCAGGUUGUGCUGAGAAAUGCUGGCAGUGACAUAAACAUACAAGCAACUAUUACACAACCUGGAGGAAAGUUUGCUUUCUUUAAAGUGCUUCCUGGCGAAUAUGAAAUCUUUGCAUCUCAUCCUACCUGGAUGUUGAAAGAGUCAAAGACAGUGGUACGGGUGACAAGUUCUAAUGCUUAUGCUGCUAGCCCUCUGAUUGUUGCCGGCUACAAUGUUUCUGGGUCAGUAAGGAGUGAUGGAGAACCAAUGAAAGGGGUCAUGUUUCUCCUUUUUUCUUCUUCAGUCAGUAAAGAGGAUGUUGUGGGCUGCAAUAUUUCUCCUGUGGAUGGAUUCCAGUCAAGGGAUGAGUCUCUAUCCUAUUUAUGCAGUGUUGUAUCAAAAGAAGAUGGAUCUUUCAGCUUUCUUUCUCUGCCAAGUGGGAAAUACACUGUGAUACCAUUCUACAGGGGAGAGAGAAUUACCUUUGAUGUUGCUCCAUCUAGAUUGGACUUCCUUGUAGAGCAUGACAGUUUACAAAUUGAGCCCGUUUUCCAUGUGAUGGGUUUCUCUGUCACAGGCAGGGUGUUGAAUGGUCCUGAAGGAGAAGGAGUUGCUGAUGCCACUGUGACUCUGAACAAUCAGAUUAAAGUAAAAACAAAAGCUGAUGGCUCUUUCCGCCUUGAGAAUAUAACAACAGGUACAUACACAAUUCAUGCCAGGAAAGAGCAUCUCUUCUUUGAUACUAUUACAGUGAAGAUCGCACCAAAUACACCUCAGCUAGCAAACAUCAUUGCAACAGGAUUCAGUGUAUGUGGCCGAAUCUCAGUAACUCGUUUCCCUGACACAGUCAAACAGAUUAGUAAAUACAAGGUAACCAUGAUGCCUCAAGACAAGGACAAAGCAUCACUGGUUACAACAGAAACUGACCCUCACGGAGCAUUUUGUUUUAAGGCAAAAUCGGGUACAUACAAUGUUCAGGUAAUUAUUCCAGAGGCUGAGACCAGAGCAGGAUUGGCUUUGAAACCCAGAAUGUUCCCUGUUACUGUUACAGACAGACCAGUAAUGGAUGUGACCUUCUCUCAGUUUUUGGCAUCCAUCUCAGGGAAGAUUUCUUGUUUAGAUGCUUGUGGUGAUCUGACAGUGACAUUACAGUCUGUGAGCCGCCAGGGUGAAAAACGCAACCUACAGCUCUCUGGAAACACGGACUCAGUGGCCUUCACAUUUGAAAAUGUGCUACCUGGCAAAUACAAAGUAAGCAUUGUACAUGAAGACUGGUGCUGGAAGAAUAAGUCUUUGGAGUUGGAAGUCAUGGAGGAAGAUGUUUCAGGAGUAGAAUUCAGGCAGACUGGAUAUAUGCUGAGGUGUUCUCUUUCUCAUGCAAUUACACUGGAAUUUUAUCAGGAUGGAAAUGGACCGGAGAACGUUGGUGUUUAUAACCUGUCCAAAGGAGUUAAUAGAUUCUGUCUUUCAAAGCCAGGUGUAUAUGAAGUGACCCCACGUUCCUGCCACCAGUUUGAACAUGAGUAUUACACUUAUGACACGUCCUCUCCUAGUAUACUGACACUCACUGCAGUUCGACACCAUGUCCUCGGCACGAUUGUAACAGAUAAACUGAUGGAUGUGACUAUUACCAUUAAGUCAUCCAUUGACAGUGAACCUGCCUUAGUUUUAGGGCCCCUGAAGUCUGUACAGGAGUUACGUAGGGAGCAGCAGCUGGCAGAAAUUGAGGCCCGCCGACAAGAGAGAGAAAAAAAGGGUCAAGAGGACGAAGGAACAAAGCCACCAGUGCAAGAAAUGGUGGAGGAACUCCAAGGACCAUUCUUAUAUGAAUUUUCAUACUGGGCAAGGUCUGGAGAGAAGAUUACUGUGACACCCUCAUCAAAAGAGCUGCUUUUCUACCCGCCUUAUGUGGAAACAGUUGUUAGUGGAGAGAGUUGUCCUGGAAAGCUGAUAGAGAUUCAUGGAAAAGCAGGCUUAUUUCUGGAAGGGCGAAUUCAUCCUGAAUUGGAAGGUGUUGAGAUUGUCAUUGGUGAAAAGGGAGCAACUUCUCCACUCAUCACAGUUUUCACUGACGACAAAGGUGCUUACAGUGUUGGACCACUCCACAGUGACUUGGAAUAUACAGUAACUGCUCAGAAAGAAGGGUUUGUUUUGACUGCAGUAGAAGGAACAGUUGGGGACUUCAAAGCGUUUGCUCUUGCUGGGGUGACGUUUGAGAUCAAAUCAGAGGAUGACCAAGCUCUUGCUGGAGUUCUCUUAUCUCUCAGUGGAGGAGUGUUUCGGUCCAACCUCCUUACACAGGAUAAUGGCAUGCUGACUUUUUCCAAUCUGAGCCCAGGGCAGUAUUAUUUUAAACCCAUGAUGAAAGAGUUUCGCUUUGAACCAUCAUCACAAAUGAUUGAAGUGCAGGAAGGACAGAAUCUUAAAAUUCGGAUAACUGGUUACAGAACAGCUUACAGCUGUUAUGGGACAGUUUCUUCUUUAAAUGGCGAGCCUGAGCAGGGAGUCUCAGUAGAAGCUGUGGGGCAGAAGGAUUGUAGCAUCUAUGGAGAAGACACGAUAACUGAUGAAGAGGGAAAAUUCAGGCUACGGGGCCUGCUGCCUGGUUGCGUGUAUCAUGUUCAACUCAAAGCUGAAGGCAAUGAUCACAUUGAAAGAGCUUUGCCACAGCAUCGCGCAAUUGAGGUUGGGAACAGUGACAUUGAUGAUGUUAAUAUUAUAGCAUUCCGGCAAAUUAAUCAGUUUGAUUUAAGUGGGAAUGUAAUUACAUCUUCUGAAUAUCUCUCCACAUUAUGUGUGAAGCUCUACAAAAGUGAAAAUCUUGACAACCCAAUUCAUACAGUCAACUUAGGCCUAUCCCUGUUUUUCCAUUUCCCACCACUGCUCCGAGAUGGAGAGAAUUAUGUGGUACUCCUGGAUUCUACGUUGUCAAAAUCGCAGUAUGACUACACCCUGCCUCAAGUUUCAUUCACUGCUAUUGGAUAUCAUAAACACAUUACACUGAUCUUUAGUCCCACUAGAAAGCUGCCUGAACAAGAUAUUGCCCAAGGAUCUUACAUCGCGUUACCACUGACACUGCUUCUGUUGUUGGCUGGUUACAACCACGAUAAGCUUAUUCCCUUAUUGCUACAGCUGACAACUCGACUGCAAGGAGUACGUGCUCUCGGACAGACAGGUUCUGACACAGGUGGCUCAGAAGAUGCAAAGAGACAAACAAAAAAACAGAAGACAAGACGGACGUGAGAUGAAAGGAAUGACUGAAUGAAGUGGUGCUCUGUGAAACUGGAGCCUGAGGAAGCAAAGCCACUGAAAUGCAUUUUUGUUGAAUUUGGGGACUUCACAUUUUCAUUGUUGCUAUGUGAGUGCCGUUUGUCAUACUAGCUCCAUUUUGAUUGUAUAUUUUUGGUGGAGUCUAUAGAUUUCCUGUUGUAAAGUAAUGAAAUGAAUGCCUCUGUUGUCACUGUGAGUAUAUCUCCCAUACUUGAAGACAAUUC